UCAUACCUUGCCACCUUCUACGUCAAUAAAUCAAUCGGCUCUGAACUGAAUUGCACUUCUUUUCUGUCUAUUAUUCUUGGCAUAAUCUUCUUCGUCACUGUUAUCUGUGAUCUUUGCUAUCGAAUGAGCAAAAUAAUAUCAUGUCUAAUCAUGGGCGACAAGUCCGUCUCCUGUAUAAAGUCAUUUUAAAAUUAAAUAGAGGUUUACCACCUGCUUUAAGCGAAUUGGGCAAUACCUACGUCAAGGAAGAAUUUAAGAAACACAAAAACUGUGACGCUGAUCAAGCUAAAAUUUUCAUGACAGAAUGGACGUGCUAUGCCGUUGACUUGUCCAACCAGCUGGGAGUUAAAGGUAUCAAGGAAGGCUUGAAAGGUCUAGGCAAAUCGUUGACAGAAGAUGAGUUGAAUAAGUUCAAUGAUGAUCAAAUAUUACAGUUGCAUGAAUUACUGUAUGCUGCAAAAUCGAAGGACGUUGAGUGAAUAAAAAGUUAAAUGAUCCUGUUCCUUUAGGAGAGUUGUACAUAACACAAUACUUUUUCAAAACAACAUAAUGAAUAGUAACAUUUAUCCUUCCAUACUUGCUAGGUGUUUCAGAAAAGAUUAGGUGAAUAAAUUUUCUCAAAAAUAA